ACUACUUUAAGCAAAGCGCAUCUCCAGCACCUCGGGGCCUUUGUGUGCGACAUGGAUGCUUCUGUCAUCAACGACUCUGACCCGGAGGUUUUGCAGAACCUGAAAUUGUGCCCCGAACUCAGCGAAGCCCAAAUCAUGGCCCUCAAUGCGCGCCUGAGCAACGGAAUGUCUCCGUACAAGGCUCCUGAGUCCUGGAAUGAUGGCACCCUAGAAGACCUCGGGCCUCUGGCUUUCUACAUAAACCGCUCCAUUUGGAAUCGCAUUAAUGCACAAGAGAGAGUCGCCUUCUUCAGGAGCGUCUCUGAUGCGUUUGAUGGGCAAAGCGCGGCCCAGAAGGAGAAAACCAGGCUCUUUUUGAGGACUGUCGGCCCCAAUCCAGCAGCUGCAGCCAGGUCAAAACGGGCAACAGAAGAAUGCCAAUCGGGUCCCAUCACGGCCAGCACCUUGGAAGACCCACUCUUCAUCAUCCUCUAUGAUUCGGCUGGGCAGUUUGAUGCCUGUCUUGACAAUGAGGUCCUGAGAGGCAGCUUGGCCACUUUGCUGGAGCAGCCGCUGCCCAAUGACUACUUGACCGUGACGAAAAGGAAGCUGGAUGAGAUCUACCCCAAUGGUGUUCCAGAGGAUCAGCUGAGGCUGCUCGGCUUCCUUGCGCAUCAGUAUAAUGCAGAGGAGAUCAGAAGAUGGAAUGUGACGUCCAGCGACACUCUUGCGGCUCUCCUGAACCCGGACAACGGGGCUUGGGACGCAGCGCCGCUCAGGGAACUGGUUGCAAGAUACUUGGAGUCAGGAGGCACACUCACCAGUCCCAUUCUUGACCUGUUGGGAGGUGUUUAUCUCUGCUAUUUGGGUGAAGAUGAACUACAACAAAUUAACCCUGAAGCCAUUCGGAAUGCUGAGAAAUUAGACAUUUCCACCUGUUCCCAAAGCAAGAAGGACCUCCUAUAUGGAAAAGCUUCAACUGCAUUUGCUCCUGAAAAUGGGACCAGUCCUUACUAUUCCUUAAUCCAGCCAUAUUUAGGAGGAGCAUCUGCCGAAGACCUGAAAAACUUGGCCAGGUCUCAGGUUGAUAUGGAUAUCACUACGUUUCUCAAUUUAAAUCCAGAAGAGAUUCAGGCACUGAGUGUCCAGGAUGUGCAAGGUUUGCUUGGGGUGAAUUUGCCGGAUCUGAAAGGAGCCGAGAGCAAUCCUUCGGUGGCUGGUUGGAUCCGGAGGCAGUAUCAGUCUGACCUGGACACUCUCAGGAUUGGUCUGACUGGAGGGAUGCCCUCUCCAUCACCUACAAGAUCUGGCAGUGACAGAGUUAACACCUCCGCUGCAUCACCGUUUGAUGGCACUGUUUCUGAUACCUUCAGCAAUAAUGUAACAGAGUUGAUACCAGUGGUCCCUACUGAUGGUACUCCUCUCUUUGAGAUCACCACUGCAGCAGCAUCUCCCUCUGUUGCUCCUACAGUUCCUGCCAUCGAUGCUGUCCCUAAGGUUGAUUUACCAACUGAUAUCUCAGUGACUUCCUCAGAUGUCCCACUUAUGUCCAAUGAGACCAUCACUGAUUUAGGUGAUGUUACAGACACAACUGUGAUGGAGCAGCCAGAAGCAGAUACCAACAGCACCACUGAUCUUGCCAUUACAAUGAAUGCCACUGAUGAGUUUCCAACUGAAAUCCCAGCAACAUCCUUCAGUGCCACUGAGGCUUUGAGUGACACCAUUGGAGAAACGCCAAGCCCUGUUACGGGCAUAGAUAUUGAAGUGACAACACUGGAAGAAAGCGGAACAGGUUUCAACACCUCCGUGGCCAAUGGCACAGCCCUUCCGUCCUUCACGGUUGAGGCGAAUGCCACAAUGAGCUCAAAUGACACCAUGGUAGGAAUCCCUGUCCCGUUCCCUACAACAGUUGAAAACACAGGCUUUGCCAACAUUACUGACGUGAUCGACCGAACGAGUUUUCCUCCCGUUGUUGGAGACUCCAAUGUGACCACUGACACCAACGCAACUGUUAUGCCCACACCUUCAGUCUAUUUAAAUCACACAUCUGGUGCUGACAUAACCCCCACUGAUGCUGACAAUGUAACAUCUGCCAUGCGAAACAUGACCAUUCCUUCUUCUCCAAGACCCCCAGGAUUUGUAGGCAUCACUGACACCAACACAACCAUUUCCUCCACACCUCCAGACAACCUCAACUACACAUUGAGUGUCGAUGCAACUACUGCUAGCUCUGACAAUGUAACAUCUCCCAAGUUCAGUGUAACGGAGAUCUCUUCUCAAAGGCCGCCAGUAGUUGUAGGACCUGUGCCCAAUGCUACCAUCCUGUCAUCAAGCGGCACGACAAGGAGCACCACCACGGUUUCUCCAACCACGGCGAAGGCUGCAAGGACCACACAAAGAGCCACCAGCAGAGUGCCUCUGAGAACAAGACCUCCAUGGCGCCCAACGCCCAACGGCCUCAUCAACGUGGAACCAGCCCAUUCUUUGGCGUCCAAUGCAUCUCUCAGCUGGGUUCUCCUGACGUUGUCCCUUGCUAUUGGAUUCUCAAUACAGAAGAGGUUUCUCUGAUGGCCUUUGCAAGGAUCAAUACCAUGCAGAUUCUAUGGAUUGAUGUCUCUUUGGACUCUGGGUUGCUUCUAAUUUCUUAACACACGUCUUCUAUGCACAUCUAGCCUUGACACGGCAAUGCGUUUGUUUACCUUUUCAUACAUUCAAUCAGUUUUGGUGGCAGGUGAGAGCUGAGUGGAACUGCCCUCCCAAUGAAUGCGAGCCAGAAGAUGAGCUACCAAACCACCUGAAACAGGUGUGUCCUUGGAUCUGUAUUAGCACUUCGCAACAUUUCCCAGAGACAGAAUGGACAACACUGGGCAGGGCUUAUACAUGUUUUGACAAGAUGUUCUCAACUCUGUUUGCUUUGUGAUAAGUGGAUGCAUACCUUUGUUUUGUUAGUUACCUGCGGCCUGAACAUCUCACCUUUAAAGGUA